CAGCUGGCUGCAUGAUGUGCUCGCAGAGCGCACUGGCGGAAACAAGGAGAAUGGCUGCACUCUGUUUUUUCCUGAUUUCAAAAGUACCCCAUGCCAUUGGCAUAUGGCUCUCUUCUCCAGGCAAUUUUGCUUCUCACCCCACAGCUGACUGGAGAUAAGCAUCAUCCUUCCUUUCGUAAUGAUACCAUACGAAGGCAAGACGUAACGCCAUCUUUGCAGGAAGGUUUGAUGGUGAAUCCAGGAUCUUCUGCUUCAAAGGUUGUCCUCCUUGAUGUUUGAUUCUUGGCAUCUGUACUUUUGAGAAGAGUCCGCAGACAGUGACUUUAGAAAUCUGAUAUGGUAAUAGGACCAGAGUGCAUGCCUGCAGCUUCAUUUCAGCACUUCUGCACCCCCGGAGAUGGCUGUGAGCACAUGUGGUAGUGGUACAAGCUAAAAACGCUUAGUCAUGGCAGCAAAAAAGUCCCGCAAGAUCAUCCUGAUUGACCAUGAAGACCUCCAGCCGAAGCGAGCCAAGCCAAGCGGGCCAUCUGUCAGCCAAGCACCGAGCGAUUUUGCAGAGCGGGGCCCUAAAGCUGCCGCUGACCAGGAUGAUUUGGGCAGGAGCUCCCAGGCCGCGUCCACCGCAGCUCCGCCAGACAUUUCCACCUUAAGCCAGGAGCCUUCUUCAGGCGUGCCGUCCUCCAGAACUACUCAGCCGCUGGUGGCCGGAGCCGUGAGGCCGGUAGGGGGACAGCCUGGCCUCCAGCGGCCUCUGGCCCGCCCUCAGUUUGCUCCCCCUGGAGCUCAACCCCGGCCUCCCUUUGGCAACUUGCCGCACCCUGGCUGGCUGCCCUCCCAAGCCAAUCAGAGAGUCGUGCAAAACGCUCCUCAAGUUAACUCUCCUGCAGGAGGGGCCUUCCAGAGUGGUGAAGGCUCCAGCAGGUCAAACAACAGGGAAAGCGCUCCUCGCCCACAGCUGAAACCACCAUUGCAGGGCUUAGGGAGCCAGAGACCCGGAAAGGAAGCCGGUCCUAGUUACCCAGGAGUUCGGCAGGAGUUCGUGCAGAAACCUCAUGUUUGGCAGCAUCCGGGGAAGCGGGCCAGCGCUGCCCCAAAGGCAUCGCCAAUGCUUGAAAGGUUGCAGAAGGAAGCAACCUGCCAGAAGCUUUGGGACCCCCCAGAGGAAGGCGAGUUGAAGCCGGUGCCUGAAGACUUCUCUUCGGUGGACGCCUAUAUUGCUGCAUUCGAGCCGUUUGUAUUUGCGGAGUGCCGGGCCGAGUUGAGACAAGAGUGGCAGGAGGUGUGUGAUGGAAGCAAGAACCACUACGAGGUCAUUGUUACUGGCGUGGAGACGUACGAAACUGGCGGGCAUGACGUGCGGCUGACGCUGCGCAACCCCACCAUCCGGCUGGGCAUGAAGAAGGACGCCAGCAACCUGCAGUUCAGGGAGGGCGCUGUGGCGGUGCUCACACCAGCCAAGCCGGACCUGAUAGACCGGCGCAGAGGCAUGCAGAGGUCUGACCAGGAGAAGGAGGAGCCAGAAAGCAACCAGUUGCGGGUUGCCGGGGUGGUGACAAAAUAUGUGCAGGGGGAGCUGAGAGGGGACGCAGACUGGGUGGUCGUCAGAGUGUACGCAGACAAGGGCCGAACGGGGAACAGCAAAGACGCCGGUACGGGGACUGGCCCGGACGCGGUGCUGGAUCUGCUGAAGAAGGAGAGUGCCACGUGGUGGUUCACCCCCCUGAGCAACCUGGUGACGAACCAGCGCGAGUACGAGGGCCUGCACAGCAUCCGCCACUUCCAGGGGCUCAUGAAGGCCGCCAUCCUGAAGCCGAAGCAGGAGCUGUUCCCCAAGUACACCGAGCAGGAGGCGCCCCCGCUGGCCGGAUGGCUCACCGCCGCUUUCUCCGAGCAUCUGCAGCGCUCUUUCAACCCCCCUCAGCUGGCUUCCAUCAAGUGGUCAGCGGCUCACGUCGCGGCGAGCGCUCGAGGCAAAAGUUCGCAGGCUGCUUCGGGAGGGGAGGAAGUCUGGCCGUUCACGCUCAUUCAGGGGCCCCCAGGGACGGGGAAGACGCACACCGUGUGGGGCAUCCUGAACGUCGUCCACCUCGUCCAGUACCAGCGCUACUUUGCGUCGCUCCUCCAGAAGCUAGCCCCCUCCGCUGUCGCCUCCGAGGAGGACCCCUCCGAGAAGCCCAAGUCGCGGCCGCCUUCCCCCUCCGACGGCAGCCUCGACUCCAUCCUCAGCAGCAUGGACGCCAGCCUGAAGCGCAUCCUCCCGCAGCUGUCGCCCAAGCCGCGCCUGCUUGUCUGCGCGCCGUCUAACGCCGCCACGGACGAGCUCCUCGCCAGGGUUUUGGACCGCGGGUUCAUCGACGGGGAGCUGCGCAGCUACAAGCCGAACGUGGCGAGAGUGGGACUCGACUUCGGGUCGCCGGCGGCGCAGGCGGUCAGUGUGGAGAGGCGGGCCAACCAGCUGCUGUCGAUGAAGGCAGAGGAUGUGCACAAGUGGGUGCAGCAGCUGCAGCGCGACGAGCAGGCGCUGCGGUACCGCCUGUCCAUCGUGCAGAAGGAGCUGGCCGCGCGCGCUGCCAGCAGCCGAGGGGGGGCCAUUGGAGUGGACCCGGAGCAGCUAGCGAACAUGGACAAGGAGAGGGACGCCAAGCUGCAAGAGCUGGCGGCGCUGCGGGAACAGCACGACAAGUUGUUGGUGGAAUUGGAGCGGCUGUUGAUCGUGGGCGAGAAGUAUCGGCCGGGGGGGGGCUACCAGCGCACGGAGGGCCAGCUGCGGCGGCAGCUGGAGACGUCGUUUGCGCGCGAGGCGGAGAUUGUGUUCACCACGCUCUCCAGCAGUGGGCGCGAGAUCUUUGAGCGGCUCGGCCACGGGUUUGACACCGUCGUCAUUGACGAGGCGGCGCAGGCGUCCGAGAUGGCGAUCCUGCCGCCGCUGCGGCUGGGGUGCAACCGGUGUAUUCUGGUGGGCGACCCGCAGCAGCUGCCGGCCACGGUGAUCAGCCAGGAGGCGCAGACCAUGCUCUUCAGCCGCAGCCUCUUCGAGCGCUUCCAGCUCGCCGGCUGCCCCGCUCUCAUGCUUACGCAGCAGUAUCGGAUGCAUCCCGUCAUCCGUGAGUUUCCGAGCCGCUUCUUCUACGAGGGACGCCUCACAGACGACGAGUCGGUCAUGGGGCGGCCGGAGGAGCCGUACCACCGAGACCACCUGCUGCGGCCGUACAUCUUCUUCGACGUGUCGAAGGGACAGGAGAGGCAGGGCGGGCGGAGCAUGUCGCUGCAGAACAAGCUCGAGGCAGACUUCGCGGUGCUGCUGUACAGUCACUUUCGGGCAAGCCUGCCGCCGGGAGCGCUCCCACGGCUGUCGGUGGGCGCCAUCACUCCCUACAAGCAGCAGUCCGCCGCGCUCAAGCGCGCGUUCGACCCGAUCGUGGCUGACAUCAGCAAGGAGGGCGCGUCGAUUACGAUCAACACGGUGGACGCGUACCAGGGCCAGGAGCGCGACAUCGUCAUCCUGAGCUGCGUGCGCGCAUCGCCCAAGGGGGGAGUCGGCUUCGUGGCCGACGUGCGCAGGAUGAACGUGGCGCUUACGCGGGCGCGCCGGGCACUCUGGAUCCUUGGCAAUGCUUCUUCUCUUAGCCGCAACCCCGACUGGGAGGCCCUCAUUCGGGAUGCUAAGGAGCGGGGCUUCUACGUGGACGCCUCAAAUCCCGAGGCCCUGUUUCCGCCUCACAUCUUCGACCAGAUCAGGGCCCUCCAAGUAAGCGAGCAGAUAGGACCUCCAGGACAGGGCCCGUCGGAACCCCCGGGCAUGUCAGCGCUUCCACCGGGAAGGAAGCGUCAAAAAGCAUUGUCGCCUAAGGGCAAGGGAGCCCCGCUUACUGUGCAAGCAGGCGGGGAACUUGCUGACGUCAGCGGAAGGGGAUUAGAGGGCGUUCCGGGGCAGAGCGGCAGGGUCGAGUCGGAGCGGGGUGCGUCGGUCAUCGGGAGGACGGAGGCACAGAUGCGGGGUUUACAAGCCCACGUCAACGGGACAAUGGGGAUGCCUACUAGUCUAGGGGACGGAGCUCCCCCGGGGGCGGAAGCACGGCGGAGCCUUCCGUCCCGGGACCCUCGGAGAGCGGCGUUGGGCCGCUCGGUGCCCAAAUCGUCAAACCCGGGGCUGCCGAACCUGCCCCCUAGUACAGCGCCCCCGAAAGCUAACCUACAUGCUGAAAUAGCCUCCCUGGCGCUUAGGUUCAGGCCGCCUUCUCCAACGCCAGGGGGCGACCCGAAAGAUGGACCGGCAACGGUAGAAGCUUCGAGGGACGGCCAGAGAGCCGAUGCGUCAGGCAGGGAACCGACCCCCGCUCUGGAGGGGGCGGGGCAGCGUUCGUCAAUGGAAGCAGCGCGCAUGGCGCUGACGGCCCUCGGGGUGGACCUGCGCCAGCUGGACAGCGUCCGGUGGGAUGCGGUCGAGAAGGGACUGCACGCGCACACUGUCCGACUUAGAGGCACAGGGGCCGCUGCUGCACAGCCGUCUGUAGACAGAUUCCGGGGGGCCAGCGGAGGAGUCCCCCGCCAAGAUUCUGUUGUAGCCAGUCGCAGCGGAACCCCUCAUCAGGCAGAGAAGGAUAACCCGGGCCAAAGUAGGCCCCAGUUCGGAGGUUUUGGACCCCAGGUUGCCCUUAAACAUAGUAAACCGAGCGGUGCCGUUGCGCAGCCUCCCGCACCCCCUUGUUUCCGAUUAGCACAGCCUGGUGCGUAUGGUGGCCAGCCGUUUGCGCCCGGGUUCCCGAACGGGCAGCUGCCGCGGUCAGCGUCCGGUGCUGGGGGCCCACCUGGAUUCCCGGCCAGUCAUCUUGCCGGCGACUUCAUACUGCAGACAGGAGACGCGCGCUUAGGAGGUCAGGUAGUCGAUACUGGUGCGGGUCCCCCUCCAAAUGGCCCGACGUUACCAAGGCUCGGCCGCGGGGCGAUGGGGACGCAGUUGGGGGGAGGGGGCUUUCCGGCCCCUGCGGACCUGCCGGGUCUGCGAGAGCCGUCGGCUAACGGCGGCCCCCCUCCAGCAGCGCAACUGGCGCGGCUAGAUCAGCAGCAGGGCAAAGCGGGCCUGGGACGAGCGAAGCCGAGCAAGAAGCAGAAGAAGGGCUGGAAGCAGCACGUCGACCGAGAUCAGGGGGGCGGGGUGGGUCCUCUCGAGGCCCCCCGGAUGCGGGGUAGACCGCAAGCAGCGAGCGACCCGUCAGCACACCUUUGGAACACAGGGGACUUGAUCGGGACAUCUGGUGGUGGAGGUAAAGCUGAAGCCAGAGUCACUAGCCAGGAAGAGAGGCCGGGAAAGGCCUCGACCAAGUCAGGCACAGCGGCUGGAGCUUUUCCAUUGAAUGCCAGUGCGGCCAAAAGGCAGUGGGCAUUCGAUCUAAAUAGUGUGCCUGAGGACGGGGAUGUUGACGUCGAUAGAGGGCCGCCAGGGUUCGCUUCUGAGCAAGAACCAGGUUGACAGUAUCUGACACUGCUCUAGUUACGAACGCCGUACCUGGAAAUGGAUCUUUUCACUGACCGGUGAAACGCUAUACUGCAUCAGACCGAAGGCCAAUUCGUCCAGCAUACUGCUCACAAACGACUCUUCAAAACGUGCGAAGUCUCAU